UUUGUGGACAGGGAGAUGUGUCCACGCCUUCUUCAUCCCAUCAGUCCUGUGCCCGCAUUCACUCCGGCCACACAUUGACUGCUAACAAGGAUUUCCCAUGGCGACGAUCGCUCCGUGUACACACCUCGCCUUUCUUCUUCUGCUGCUGCCUCAUUUCCUGGCGGUAUCACUCGCCAAUCAAGAUGACCUCCUGGUCGACACUAAGCAUGGGCAAGUUCAGGGAAAGCUUCUCUCAGUGCUAGGUGGGGAUGUUAGAGCGUUCCUGGGAAUUCCUUAUGGAAAACCACCUGUGGGGAAACUGAGGUUCAGAGCUCCAGAGCCAGUGGACAGAUGGGAACGCGUGAAGGAUGCCUCAAACUUCCCAAAUUCCUGCUACCAGUCACCGGAUACUUCAUUUCCAGGGUUUGAAGGAUCAGAGAUGUGGAACCCAAACACUCCUGUCAGUGAGGACUGUCUGUACCUCAACGUCUGGUCCCCACGAUUCAACAAAACUCAAUCCAAGCCCUCUCCGCUGGCUCCAGUCCUCGUCUGGAUCUAUGGGGGCGGGUUCUAUUCAGGAACUUCCUCUCUGGACAUUUAUAAUGGUCGCUUCCUGACUAAAUCCGAGGGUGUUGUUGUGGUAUCAAUGAAUUACAGACUCGGAGCGUUUGGCUUCCUGUCGAUUCCUGACAACAAGAACAUCCAAAGCAAUGUAGGCCUGCUGGACCAGCGCCUGGCGCUCAACUGGGUCGCCAACAACAUCGCUGCUUUUGGAGGGGAUUCUUCACAGGUGACUCUGUUUGGAGAGAGUGCUGGGUCAGCGUCUGUUGGCUUACACCUGCUCUCCCCGGGCAGCCAGAGUCUCUUCCAUAGGGCUGUGAUGCAGAGUGGCUCUCCUAAUGCACCCUGGGCAACGAUCAGCAAGGAGGAGAUCUGGCGCAGGUCCAUGAAGCUGGUGACGUUACUGGGGUGCCCCACGUCCCCUCCGGCUGAUAUGGAAGCUUGUAUGCGAAAGGCCGAUCCUCAGCAAAUCUCAUUGGAUCAAUUCAAUGUUCUCGGACAAACUUCAUUCUUUGCACCAACCUUUGCUCCUCAUGUUGAUGGGGACUUCCUGCCAGAUAAAGUUGAAGUUUUGCUUAGCACCGGCAAACUUCCAAAAAAAGAGGUCCUAUUUGGUUUAAACAAAGACGAAGGGACCUACUUCCUAGUUUAUGGAUUGCCUGGGUUUAACGUCCCCGGUCAGAGUCUCAUCACCAGGAAUGAAUUCCUAAAAGGAGUGGCAAUUGUAAUGGCAAAUGCAAGCAACCUCACAAGAGAUGCGGCCAUUUUCCAGUACACUGAGUGGGCAGAUGAGAACAACAGGAUGAAGAAUCGUGACUUGCUGGGAAGUCUGGUUGCAGACCACCUGUUUGUUUGUCCUCUACUAGAGUUUGCUCAGAGCUACUCAAACCGUGGCGGUAAGACUUUCCUCUAUUCAUUCGACCACCAGUCAUCUGCAAACCCAUGGCCAAAAUGGAUGGGCGUUAUGCACGGCUAUGAGAUAGAGUUCGUCUUCGGUAUGCCUCUGAACGCAUCCCUGGGAUACACGAAGAAUGAAGUGAACAUGACCAAGAAGUUUAUGAAACACUGGGCCAACUUUGCCCGAGUAGGAAAUCCAGGCCUUGAUGGAGCUAGCUGGCCCGUGUUCACCCCUGAAAAGCAGGAGUACGUCACUCUGAACUCCAACCAUCCUGAACAAAGGAAUAUGAUGUUAGCUAGAGAAUGUCAUCUCUGGAAAAAACUAAUACCAAAAGUACAAGGAGUCUCAGGUUAG